UAUGAACGUUGAUACUCCACAGCCAGUCAUACCAGGGGGCUCUUCUUCAAUUUCCUCGACAUCCAGUAAUUGCAUCACUAACAACAAUGCAGCAACUAAUGUCAGCAGUAUCCCCUCGGUUGCCAUAAGUAAUGCCCCAACCUCGGCUACCAUGGCCACACCAUCAUCUGACACAUCCGUGUCCAACGGUGUCUAUGUUCCCAGUGGCAUUGCCAACGGCGAUGUGAAGCCUGUAAUCUCCACCACACCACUGGCUGACUUUCUCAUGCAAUUGGAGGACUACACUCCUACAAUCCCUGAUGCAGUGACAGGCUACUAUCUCAACCGGGCCGGUUUUGAGGCGUCUGAUCCGCGAAUAAUCCGUUUGGUCUCCCUAGCAGCUCAGAAAUUCAUCUCAGACAUUGCUAACGAUGCCCUGCAGCAUUGUAAAAUGAAGGGAACGGCCUCUGGGAGCUCCAGGAACAAGACAAAGCAGGACAAGAAGUACACAUUGACCAUGGAGGACCUCUCCCCUGCCCUGUCUGAGUAUGGCAUCAACGUAAAGAAACCUCAUUACUUCACAUAGGAUAAUGGCAUAUGCAGUCUGGCAGCUUCUGCUGUUUUUGCGCCUCAUAAACCCCUUAUGAUGGUCAUUUACGAUGGCCAUGGAAUAUUAAUUGCAGUCACUCUUUUGUUCUGUUUUUUUCCUUCCAAGUAGAGCAUGCUUUACUUUGUUUGAAUUUGAGCUUGUAAUAUUUUAUUGAGACAAAUAAAACGUUCAGCAAUUACUUA